AGGCAAGCGGCCUUCAAGUUAACGACCCCAGUCCGGCGCGCCACCGACGAGACCGCCUCAACCUCCAUCCAUUUAUAUACCAAUACCAAUAGCAAUAGGCAGGCGGAGGCGCCUCCCCCUCAACCUCCAUCCCCAUUUUUGGAGACCUAAGCAAGCAAGCAGCACACACUAAUCGCCGACCGGGACCAUGGACGCCAACUGGCGGCCCACCCAAGGGUCGGACCCCGCCGCCGCCGCCGUUGGCGAUUGGCGCGCCCAGCUCCAGCCCGAGGAGCGCAGCAGGGUCGUCAAUCAGAUAUUGGACGCUAUGAUGAAGAACCCGCCAGUAUCUGUGCCAGGCAGACUCAACCAACUCCAAAUGAUUGCCGAGGCAAUCGAAGACAAGUUCUACGCUCAAGCAACCAAUCACUCUGAUUAUGUGCGCAAGAUUUCUCUGAAACUGGUCUCUAUAGAGACCAACGGACAACAGGCUCAUGGAAAUGCUCAAGUGAUUCCAAAUCAAAACGACUCAGAUGGUAAGCAAGCACACCAGAUGUGGAUUCGGAUGCAUCGUAUGAUCUUUCACGGUGUUUCCUCUAGUACAUCUGCGGAGUCUAGUGCUGAAACUGGUGAUGCAGGUGCAGAUUAUUGGCAAGAGGAGAUAUAUCAAAUGGUGAAGAUGUUGAAGGACCAAUACUUUGCAGAGCUCAGUCUACUGUUCAAUAAGAUGUGUGUGAAGCUACAGCAUGUUGAGAGCAUUAUACCACUUCCAAUCCCAUCUGAGCAGUAUGAUAAACUGAAGCGAUUUACAAUGAUGGUGGAACGUAUAUUACGAAUGCUGCAAAUUAGCAAGGCUAGUAUCCAACCUUAUAUGAGGUACAGCGUUCCUGAAAACGAGAAACGAAUUAUCGAGAUCUUGAAUGCCGCGAGGAAGAUAACGCAGCCACAAGUAAAGCCAUAGUUUUAGCAUGAUAGUCAUAUUACUGACUAAUAUCAAGUGCGGCAGAAAGGCCAAGAAGACUGGUGGAGGAAGUUUCAGUUUGAACUGAAUUAUGGAUCCUGGGAAAGUUUCAUUUUAUUUUCUUUACGUUGUUGCAUUCAUCUCCGCAUUCUGUGAGAUAACUUGGGGACGGGUGGCAUUUCGAGCAACUCCAUCUGAAUAAAGAAAACGUUUCGUGUG